AUGUACGUGAAUCAUCCUCCCGCGCCGAAAGGCGCUGCCGCCACCGCCGCCGCCGCCGCCGCCGCCGCCGUUGCCACCACCGCCGCUCGCUCUCCUGUCGACUUCCGACUCAUCGGUCCACCAGUGCAGCCCGUCGUUCGCGAGUACUAUAACGAUCACCAUGUCGUUAGCCGGACGUGCAGCAGUCCCGACUUUGAUCGGCUUUCCAAUUUCGCCAGUCCGCCAAGCUAUCGUUGCCUGGAAACCGGAUCGAGUUGCACGUCGAGCUCGUCCGCGGAUUCGUCGCCGUUGGUCGAGGCAGUGCUGGGCCUUGAGGAGCUGUACAGCAGCGAGAGCGACGAGCGCUCGCCAGCUCACUGCGGCAGUGGCGACGAGUGGCAGCCGUCGGCCUCGGGGCUCGAGGCCCAGCUGAGGAUCAGCGCGCUGCAGCGACGGGACAGCGCCACCAGCAGCGAGGACAAUGAUUCCGGUUCGCUGGGAAUGGCAAGCGGAAGGAACGUGGACGAGGGGCAGGCUGCCGGCGCCACCACCGCCUCCGACUCUAGGGUCGAACCGGUCAUGGUGCCGUCGGAUCCACUGGAAUGGAAUGCGAGUCACGUGGUUUCGUGGCUCGGGUGGUGCGCGAGGGCGUUCUCGCUACGACCGGCACCGGACCCUCGGGCACUGACCGGAUGCUCGGGGCGGGAUAUCCUCGGCUGGACUUUGGACGAGUGGCGGGAAAAGUUGUCCGACUCGGGUCGGGUUCUCGCGCGGCACCUCGGCUACCUCAGGCUGCAGGCCAGCGGACGCAGCACCGAGGCCCUGCUGCAAGAAGAAAAGUCUGCCGAGAGGUUCGGCCUCCUGCAGCGCACGUGCUCGCUGAUUGGCGGGGCGUCACAGUCGGGGGCGGGCGCCGCUCCGGCCGGGGUCGGAGGCGGCCAGGUCCAGCUCUGGCAGUUCCUCCUGGAGCUGCUCGCCGAUUCGUCCAACGCCUCGUGCAUCGCGUGGGAGGGCUCCAACGGCGAGUUCAAGCUCACCGACCCGGACGAGGUCGCCAGGCGAUGGGGCGAGCGCAAGAGCAAGCCUAACAUGAACUACGACAAGCUCUCAAGGGCACUCAGGUACUACUACGACAAGAACAUAAUGACGAAAGUGCACGGCAAGCGCUACGCCUACAAGUUCGACUUCCACGGGUUGAUGAUGGCCUGCCAGGCGCAGGCUGGAGUCGGCCUCGACGGGAGCCCAGCCGGCAGGCCCGGCCCGAUUACUAGCUACACGCCCCAUCAUCCAGCGCAUCAUGUUUACGGGCCCGCGGCGACGACCACGCAUCAGCAGCAGGCACCACCGCCGCCUCCGCCUACGAAUUACUGCUGGCCCUACCGAUAUUCACCGCCGACGUAAUGUCGGCCGCCAUUAGCUCCUCCAUACUCUCCAACUUUACUUGCUUAUUUUUUACUUUGGUUGAAUAUUUUAGUUGUCCUCUAUCAACGCAUGUUAUGAAAAUUAUGUUCCAAGCCCAACCAUCGAUAUCAUGUCACGGCUCGUUUAUUUGUUCCUAAUUUUUACCAAGAUUUUUUUUCUUAAAAACGCGGUACAUUCAACGUCUGUCCAAUGAUCCAAAAGUACUAAAAACUAUGAACUCCUGGAAAAAUUAUGCAUCGAAUUUCUUUUUCUACAAUUAAGGUAUAAAAUGAAUAUUUUUUAAAUAUUUUUUCAAUUUGUGCAGUCAAAAUUGUAUACUCUCAAGUCAGUUAUUUUCAACUUAUUUCAAGAUUAAUUUUUCAUCAAAAAAAGACAAUUUAAAAAUUGUUUACAAUAAUCCGAAAAUUUGUGCUUCGAUCAAAUUAAUAAUGAAACAGAAUUAUCUCCGAAACAUUUUCAAAUAAGACCACCUCCCUUUCAACUGAUCAAGUCGUACCGGAAAUAUGUCCGAACAUAUAUAAAACAAGCAUGUCGAAUAUUCUGUUUGAAGUCGGCAAAAAAAGUACAAACUUUGUAGAAUUUUAUCCGCUUCGAGUGUCAUUCUUCUUCAUAAAAUUUAUCUUAUAUAAAAUUUAAAAGUACUUUAAUGGUUAACAUAAAUGAAAUAUGUUUAAGACAACAUGUUUGAGCUUUGAACAUUUUUUUCAUAUGCAUACAGUUUGAUAUGAAGAAGAGUUUGGUUCGUUUAGAAAUGUUAUUAAGUCUAAUGUUAAUAAGUCUAUUAUGUUGAAUAAUAUUGGGUUGAUCGAGGUGAA